AUGUCGAAUGUUACAGUUUGUGCUCGAUUUAGACCAUUAAACUCUAAGGAAAAACGAGAAACUAGUGAUAAGAUCUAUUCGAAACAAUUAGAUACAUGUGAGUUUCUUGCUCUUCCGAUUGUGAAAGAUGAUGUUAAUGCCAUUAAUGGAACAAUCAUCAUUUCUGAACAGGAGAAAGGGAUACUACCACGAGUGGUGGAUGAAUUUUUCGAAUGUCUUAAAUCGCUUGAUGAAAUGACCAAGUAUACAGUGAAGUUGUCAAUGGUUGAGAUCUACGAGGAGAAAGUAAGGGACCUAUUUAAUUUAUCGAAAGACAACUUGAAAAUCAAAGAGAGUAAGCUUCAUGGAAUACAUUUGACUGGAAUUACUGAGGCCUUUAUCUCUGAUCCAGCAGAAGCAUCACAAAACCUUUCGAAUGGAGCUGCAAAUAGAGCUGGUGGAGAGACGCGUAUCCUUUUAGAGGAAAAUUUGAAAUCAUUGUGUCUACAUCUUUACAAUUCAGCUGGACUCAGCAAACAACAGAAGGUCGAAGUCUGGAAAACUGAUUCUUGUGGAGUCCACUCAAGUACUUCCCCUUCAGGUGGGGUUAAGUUUAGAAAGCGAGGAACUUUGAUAUCGAUAAAGCAAAGAUUGUAUGGAAGAAGGGAUAUAUUAAUUGCUGACACUAUUAAUGAGGAUAUCUCUGAAUCAAUGGAUUUCAUGGAACCCAACAGUUUUAGUAUCAUGCAUGUGAUUAUUUUUGUAUUAACGUUCGAGGGGAAGUACUUGGUUGGGUGUGAAAAAGUGGAAAAAACUGGAACUGAAGGGGAAGUACUUGAUGAAGAAAAGACCAUCAACAAAUCUUUAUCAGCUCUUGGAAAUGUUUUUAAUGCUCUUACUAAUGGUAGCCCAGGAAAAACAAAUCACAUCCCUUAUCGUGAUUCAUAG